GCACUGACAACACUAGUCUUUAGCAUUUUUCAGCACUGUCGAGGGACAGCUCACCAAAAUUCUGCCCGAGCAGUGUUUUUUUGCAUUUUCGUUUAAAUUUUAUACUUUUUAUUUGGCUAAAAGCAAUAAAACGCAUAUUACUACAUGAAACUCGCCAAAACGAGCUUCUCGCUUUCAUAAAUAAAUAUAUUAAUAAUAUAUAAAUACGUGAAAAUAUAUACAAAAGGAAAUAAAAACUAGUUUUCUCUGCCAGUGAUUUGGCAAGUUAGUGUGAAAAAUUCCAAAGCAGAAAAUUGCGUUAAAAUGGUUGAUAAAUUUAUCAGCAUGUGGAAAGUGCGCGAAUUGGCAGACAAAGUCACCAAUGUCGUGAUGAACUACACAGAAAUUGAAGGCAAGGUUCGGGAAGCGACCAAUGAUGAUCCCUGGGGUCCAACAGGACCUCUGAUGCAGGAACUGGCCCAUUCGACAUUCUCCUACGAAACGUUUCCGGAGGUCAUGUCCAUGCUGUGGAAACGCAUGCUGCAGGACAAUAAAACCAAUUGGCGUCGCACUUACAAAAGUCUGUUGUUAUUGAACUAUUUGGUGCGCAAUGGAUCGGAACGAGUGGUAACUUCCUCCCGGGAGCACAUUUACGAUUUGCGCUCAUUGGAGAACUACACGUUCACCGACGAGGGUGGCAAGGAUCAGGGUAUUAAUGUUAGGCAUAAGGUACGAGAGCUUAUAGACUUUAUUCAGGACGACGAUCGCUUGCGCGAGGAGCGCAAAAAAGCCAAAAAGAAUAAGGAUAAAUACAUUGGCAUGAGCAGCGAUGCGAUGGGAUCCCGAUCCAGUGGUUAUGGUGGUUACAGUGGUGGCGGAGGAGGAGGUAGCGGUGGUGGCAGCGGUUACAACGACGGCGACUGGCGAAGUAGCAACCACCGUGGAGAAAAUUGGUACUCUGAUAAGAGCUCUGCCGAGCGCUACGAAGACGAGGAUACUCACUACGAUGGGGAGCGUGAAGGAUCUGACAGUGACUCCCCCAGUCCCAGACGCAACUAUCGAUACAAUGAUCGGGCAAGUCCCGCCGAGGUGGCAACUGAGCGAGAGAGUAAACCACAGAAUCUGAGUAUGAAUAUGAACAUACGGACUAAGGCUGUCGGAUCGCCGGUCUCCAAGCAGCCAACAUCAUCGUUGACAGCAUCAUCAUCAGUAAGCGGAUCGAAGACAGCGUCAACGCAAAAGAAAAUCAAUUUGGGUGCUGCUGCCAAUUUUGGGAAGACUCCAAAUGCCGCUGGCAUUCAUUCUCCCACGCAUCGUGAUACGCCCACCAAUAACCAAGUUGAUCUGAUGGGCGACAACAGCAUCAACAACAACAAGAGCAAUAAUAAUGAUUUGCUGGAUGAUCUAUUCAAAACUUGUUCACCGUCGCCACCACCACAACGGGAACAACGACAAGCUCAUGGCGAGAAGACACUCAAUAGUGCCGCAAUUAUUGCUGAUGACGAUGAUGACUUCAAUCCGCGUGCUGGUGACGCUCCACCUCCUCCUGCUCCUGCCGUUGUUCAAGAAUUUGGAGAUUUUGCGGCCGCUUUUGGAGGCGAACCCUCGACCGGCAUUAUUCCAGCGCCGAACAGCAAUGAUGAAUUCGCAGACUUUGCUGCAUUCCAAGGCUCCUCCAGUACAACGGCGGCAACUGGACAACUGGAUAAUCAGUUGCUGACGACGGCGACACCAGCAAAUGAUGCUUUUGACCUAUUUAACUCCACAACAACAACAACAACAACGGGAGCAUCAGGUGCAUCGACAGCCACGGAUCUUCUGGCCGGAUUGGGUGACUUGUCUAUCCACCAAAGCAUGCCAAUGGCUUUUGAAACACCGGAAACGGAAAUAACGAAGCAGGAAAUAUCGGAAGCCAUACGUCUAGCUCUUGCGAAGGCUAUUUCCAGUUUGGGUCAACUCUCCAGUGUGCAGAGUGCAAGCGAUGUCAACUUUGUAGCUGCAACAUUGCGACAGUUGCAACUGGAUGAUGCCUUGCCGGGAUACAGGACACCGGAACAGCUCCUGGGACUAGAUGCUCCGACUGUGGAUUGGUCCUUGCUGGUAAACAAGGAGUACCCCGAACUCUUGAGCCAACUAACUCGUUUAUUCACACGGAAUUGGCCACAGCCAGCAGAGGAUUUGGUUGUUUUGAAUAUGUUCAAGCUGGAUUACAACAUGGCCUAUACCAGGAUUGCAUUUGAGUUGAUGCAGGAGCAGCUGGAACGUCUACCGGACCGUGUUGAAUCCCUGCUGGAAUCCCUGCUUAAUGAUGACACACUGAUUGCUAUGAGUCUGUUAAAUAUGUCACGGGAACGUGGAGCAUUAAUGAACCGCUUUAGACGCACCAUUCAAGUGCUGCCGGAACCGCAACUGGAAGAGCUAGAUGCUCACAUUUCCCAAUACAUGCAACUCUUAAUUGGACUGCCAAGUUUGGUGGCCAAUAAAUUGGGUCAACGAUUGCCAGCCAUGUUUGCACCCAUUAAUUAUGGACAAUUGUUGUUAAGACACUGGCUGAAAGCGCUACACUUUGUGUUGCAGUGUAUGCCAACCAAUUUUGAUUUAAACCCCUUCAGUUGUUUGUUGUCACGUGUGUUGAAACACUUUUAUGACUCCGAAACACUGGAAAUGUUGUUACGUGUGUUGCAGGAUUAUGCAACUGGCAACAAAGUUGCCAGAAUGAUGGUGCAACAAGUGUUGCGAGAGCUAGAGCCUGCAGUUUGCUUUAAAGUGGCAGAGGUCGCUUUAAAGGCGCAACUGGAACUUUAUGUGUUGCUGGGAGCAGCUGCUUUGAAGACGCCCCACUGGCAACACUGUCUACUCCAAAAAUUAGCACUACAACGCACUCCCAAUUCAAAUAUGGCACUUUUUAAAUUUGUAGAGUAUCUGCAGUUGGUGGCAGCUCCAAAAUUGCCGCUACUCUUUAACCAAUUGCUGGGUAUUUGGUGCAAGCGGCUAACGCUGCAAAAGCUGAGUCGAGAGGAGCAUUUAUCAAUGAGUAAGCUGCUCAUAUUGUGUGGCAAGUGUCAAGGCAACUUGCAGCUGGAACACAAUCGACAGUUGCACGACGGUUUUAGCCAUCAUCUGCAGUCGCCGGAUGAAAUGCAGCGUCAGGUGGGCAUGAAGACUGUGGAUAUUCUGUUUAAUAUGCGGCAGAAAGAGGAGCAAUUGAAUUUUGAAUACAAAACGGAUGCACAAUAUGGAGAAAUACUUGAAGAACUCGAUGAGCUGGCGACUUUUCAAUGUGUACCUAAAGAAAGAAGAAAGGAAUUUGAGAGGCUAAAGAGUGAAGAUCGUAUAAGUCACUUGGCUGAGUUUAUGGGAGAUCCUAAGGAACACUUAAAAGAUACUCCAGAAAUGCACCUAAUCGUGGACUCUGAUGAUCAAGUUGAUAAUAUAAAAGCGAAGGAACACUUGAAAGAUACAGUGACAAUAAAAGUGUCCAAAGAUACAAAGGAACACUUAACAGAUACAUCAAAAAUGCAGCUGGAUUUGGACUCUGAUGAUGAGAUUGAUAAUACAAUUACUGAUGAUGAUGAUUUGCAGCCCUUUGACAUGUCCAAUGAUAUUUCCAGCAGUUUGGAGCAGCGUCCCCGAUUUGUGAUAGAUCUGCUCCAUUUAUUGCGCUCCAAGGUGGACAACUAUCAAAUCUUUGAGGCGGCUCUUGCCACCGCAGAGCAAUUGAUACGUCAACAACUCUCGGAGCAGGAUCAAAAGCUGGCUUUAGAGUUGCUGCAGUUGUUUAUUACCCUAGAAAUGCAGUAUUAUUUUGAAAACUUUGACAUGGUUCAGUUUAAAUGUUGUGUGGCGAUUUGUGUUUCACAUCCGGCUGAAUGUGCGGCGUAUCUUUGUCGUGAAUUUCACACGGAUAACUCAAAAUAUGCGCUAAAAGUGCGCAUAUUAAUACUACAAAUUUUAGGCAAAGCAGCGCAGGAAUUAUCAGGUGCAUUCCCAGAAGAAAUUACUGCUGAAGCUCUUCAGCCAAGUGCAGCCAAAAAAAUGCGCAAAUUUCUAAUAAAAACGGAGAAUGAAAAUCAGCAACGUUUGAUAUCUGCUCAGCGCAUUAUCCGGGAGCGUUUGCGUUUAAAAACGCGACGUUUUCUGACCAAAACCCGGACGGAACCAGGAAACGAAGCUAAAAAGAAUCUGUUUCAUUCGGUUGUUGGCACCUUCUUUUUUGGACUAGUGCGCGGCUCACGCACACGUGGCAUGAUCUAUUUGUUAUACAACAAUAUUUCACAUGACAUUGACACGCAGUUGUUGGUCAACAUGUUGCAAACAUUGGCCAUGUUUGUACACUGCGCACAAAACUCUACACUUUUGCCCACCAUGGCUAAGGAGAUCUUUGAUUUGAGCAGCUUUGUGCGAUUUCAUCCGGAGGCACGAGUGCGGGUGGUAACCCUACAACUGCUGGGCAUUUUAGUGGUCACCAUGGAUGCCGAACUGCUGUUGCACAAUUUCGGGGAAUCCCUCAACGAGCUGCAGCGUUGGCUGGAGGAAUUUAUCCGCUCCCCGCUCGUGGGAGGCGAAACAUCGGAUGAAUGUCGCGAACUAGCUGAACAAAUUUUAUCCACAUGCUAUAAGCUUUUUCAAACUGUAGUUCAGAGUCAGGAGCAGUAAUCUUAAGAGACAUUGAAUUUGCAACAUUAUUAAACUUUCAAUUUCAUUCAAAUGAACUAAAAA